UCUUCAAUUUGUUUACAUUAUUGAGCAAAUGGCUGUUUUAAAUGUUUCUAAAUCGAACCUCACUCAGACUUUAUUGGUGCUGGAUCCAGAUGCACAUUUGAAGGCAGUCUUGUUUAUGACACCAUGUGUUAUUUUUCUCUAUGUAAACGGAGUCAUGCUUUUCACCUUAAGGCAAAAGACUGUUUUUCUGGAAACGUCCCGUUACAUUCUGUUCAGUCAUAUGCUUUGGGUCGAUACGCUCAAUUUGUUAAUGAGUAUACCUGUAUAUUUAAUUGGCUUUAGUAGGACCUUAUUUAUAAAAAAUGUCUGUUUUAUUAUUCUGGCAGCUCCAUCGUUUCUCUUUCAGGUUUCAAUUUUAAAUCUGGCUUUAAUGUCUCUGGAAAGGUAUGUGGCCAUCUGCUUUCCUCUCAGGCAUGCAGAUUUCACCACUUACAGAAGAACUCACAUGGCCAUUGGUGCUGUCUGGAUGAUAGGGUUAAGUCAGUGCUUUUCUGAAAUGAUUAUUUUCUAUGCUAUUGAUACUACAAGCACAGUGAUGAAUUUGUUCUGCUCAAGAACGACUCUUUUCAGACUGCAGGUGUAUAAGAAUCUUGAUAUAGCCUUCACUUGUAUAUUUUUUGUGUCUGUGUGUUUUACUAUAAUCUUUACUUAUGCCUCAAUAGCAGCUGUGGCUAAAACAGCCUCCUGUGAUAAGUUGUCAGCUAAAAAAGCCAAUAAGACUGUACUGUUACAUCUAAUACAGUUGGGUCUGGGUGCCGCAUCUAUUUUAGUUGGGGUUAUCCAAGAGGCAAUUUUUGCUCAUACCGAUUUUAAGACUUCAUUAAAUGUAAUGUAUUUUUGCUUUUUAGUGUUUAUAAUUUUUCCAAAAUGUUUAAGUCCUCUUAUAUAUGGCCUGAGAGACAAGGCUUUCAGUUGCUUAUUUAAAUACUACUUUACAUGUGCUAAAGGCAAAAUCAAACCAGUUUUGAUAGAAGGACACGUUUAG